UGCUAUGGGACAGGAAACUCAUUUGUUUCCUUAUAUUGUGGCUAUGGGCUAAUGAUAAACAUCAAGCGUGCUUUUCAUGGCGCACAUAAAGGCAGCAUUGGGCUUUGUACGGCCAUGUUAGAUGACUGCACUGAAGAAAAUGCAGAGGCGUAUGACUGGUCCCUGUGUAUGGGACUACAAUACUGUGUUCAACCAGUGAAGAAAAGUUAUCUUGAAAGCUGCAAGAAAGACAGCCAGUACCUGCAAGUGGAAUAUGAAUGUGUUUCAGUGGGAGAUGUUCUAGAUAUCUGCAACACUAAGAAACAAAUCCGUUACGAGGGUUACAUCAGUAGUCCUAGCUACCCAUCUGCCUACAAGGCUCGUGUUGACUGCAAGUGCCAUCUAGUGGCCGUUGGAGGGAUGCUGUAUUUGACAUUUGCUGACCUGGCCCUGGAAGACACCUCCAAGGAGUGUAAAGACUGGGUGCUAGUCCAGAACCAAACAAAAGAAGAAGUGUUCUGCAGCCAACAGCUACCAAGUGCUGCAAAAGUGGAAGUGCAGCACUUUACCGAUGUUUAUUUCAGUAGCAAUGCCAAUGAUGUCAAGAGGAUUAAAGUCACCAAUGACAAAACUAAAGAACUGAAAGGAUUCUGGUUGCAUAUGAAAGGCAGCCAAGCUGAUACCAAGAUCACUGUGACAUGUAGUCCCACUUCCCACAUUGAACCCAAGUCAGUGAAAAAGAAAAUAUACGUGAAAACUGAAGAUAGAAAAUUUAAAGUGCCAAGUCAAAUGAGAACACCCAAAAAAGAAAAUUUGCAAGAGAACUUAAAAGAUAAAAAGGGAAAAACUGCUAAAAUGAACAACACCGAACCAACCAUACUCAAAUCAGAACCAAAGAAAAAGAAAGGAUCAAAGAUUCGAGCUACAAGUAAGACACUGUCAGGUACCACAACUGUCACAGCUUUGCCUGCUAAUCAUGGCAUCACAUUCAAGGUCCAGCUUACAAACUAUUUGAUAACAACUGCUGUUUUCAUCAAGUUCUCUUCUUCUUGCUUGUAAAAAAGUUUGUUAACAAUUCAAAAUAUUAUCUGCAAAAUAUCUUUGAAACCCUGCUGGUGUUUGGCUUUUAAGAGGUUGACAGUAUACAGCAGAAACACAGUAGAUUAAAUGAACUUUCCUGGCAUCCUCAAAAACUUGCUACUGCUCUAGAUCUGUGUACCAUCACUGUAGUGUUUUCUUAAGCUAAAAGUGUGUGUUUUUAGAAACACUUUUCUUUUCACUUGAACUACGUUGAGUAAAUGGUAUCAUGCAUUCUAUGUAAUUUUUCUUUGUUAAAGAAAGUGAUUUUUGAGAUGUACUUUAAUUCAAUAUUCAGAAUUUGUUGCCUGUCUUUAAUGCAUAAUCAGAGGCCAUCUAAAAAUGAAAAUAGGAAUAAAUGGCAACAAAAUAUUGUUAAUGUCUCUUCAAGUAAAGUCUCUGAUUAUA